AUGCCUUCUUCCAUCAGCCGAAUUCAUAAGCGCCAUGCUUACAGCAAGAAUGCACACACUUAUUACCCGGUUCUCAUAGUAGGUGCUGGAGAGUCGGGGGUUGCCAUGGGCUGCCGGCUCAAAGAGGUUCUGGGGACAGACCAGUUCCGAAUAUUCGAACGUCAGUCCGGUAUUGGAGGUACCUGGUGGAUCAAUAGGUAUCCGGGAGUCGCUUGCGACAUACCAGCAACAUUCUAUUCCUUCUCCUUUGCUCAGAAAAAGGACUGGUCCACACUCCAUCCAUCUGGUCCAGAACUCGCACAAUAUAUGGCAGAUGUCUGCGAGAGAUAUCAAAUUGUGGACAAGAUUCAGUUGAAUACGGAUGUGAAGGAACUUCGAUGGAUCGAGGAUGACGAGGAAUGGGAGGUUACGCUCUCGCACCUUGUCCCUGGAACCGGUGAUCUAGCUCAGCACGAACGAGAUCGAAUUGCAGCUCAGGAAGGUCAUCACAAAAUCUAUGUCAAGACAGAAAUUGUGCGAGCCAAGGUGGUCGUCAGUGGUGUCGGCGGGUUGGUAGAACCCAAGACAUGGCCGAAGGACAUCCCAGGUAUUGAGGAAUUCGAAGGUGAGAUCAUGCAUACGGCUCGCUGGAACGACCGGAUUGAUUUGGAGGACAAGAAUGUCAUCGUGAUUGGUUCCGGCUGCAGCGCCGCGCAGGUAGUGCCCGAGCUGGCCAGGCCAGUGGCCAAUGUUCGAUCUAUUACUCAACUCAUGCGGACUCCUCCGUGGGUCCAGCCUGAUAUAAUCCCUCCCAAGUAUCUCCCCUUAUACGAGAAAUGGUCGCCUACAUUCAUGACCCAUGUGCCUGGACUGGCGUCGUUCAUACGAAGGGUUGCUUUCUUCAUGCUGGAGAAAAAUUUCUACGAGAUGUUCACAGACACUGCAUGGGGCCGAAGAGCACGGCCGCAGCUAGAGAAGAAGUUUUUGGACCACAUGCGCCAACUUGCGCCAGAGGAAUACCACGAGAUCUUGACGCCGAACUACAGCCUCGGCUGUAAACGACGGAUCAUCGACGGCACCUGGUAUCGCAGUCUCAAUGCCCCAAAUGUGGAGCUGACUACUCAGCCUCUGACAAGGGUCAAUGCGAAGAGCGUGACUCUUGGUCCAGGCCGCCACUAUCCACCCCACAAGUCGGACGACGCCGUUGAGACCAGGGAGAUUCCCGCCGAUGUGAUCAUCAUGGCCAAUGGCUUCGAAACCAACCAAUGGCUGCACCCGCUAGAGGUGAUUGGCAGGGAGGGCAGGAAUCUUGAAGAGGUCUGGGCAGAGCGCGGAGGCGCCCAGGCAUACCAGGGCAUCGCAAUGGAUUCUUUCCCAAACUUCUUUAUUCUUUUCGGUCCGAACACGGUAACAGGGCACACCAGUGUUAUUUUCGCGACAGAGAACGCAGUAAACUACUCUUUGAAGUUUAUCAAGCCGAUCUUGAAUGGACAGGUUAGCUCAUAUGAAGUAAAGGAGGAUGCUGAGCGUGGAUGGACUCAGCAGGUGCAGGAUGCGCUUCAGCAGAGUGUGUUCCGUCGUGGGGCGUGCUCUAGCUGGUAUAUCACUGCCGAUGGUUGGAAUUCAACCACAUAUCCAUUCACUCAGAUUCACUAUUGGCUGCGUUGCACGUUCCCCGUGUGGCGGCAUUGGACUGCGCGCCUCACGAGAAAGGGGCGGAUUUUGCGAGGUGUCCGGAAAACACUCCAGGGAUCUGUCGUUUUUGGUCUCGUUGCUGCCUUUGGCUUCCUGCGCCAGAAUCCUGAACAAAGGGCUCGUAAGCUGAAUCUGGGGAAACCCCGCGAGAGAGGAAUUUCUCCGCACUUCGACGCCGGUAUCUCCCUCCGGCUACUCAUUGAGUCGCUUCAAUAUUCUGCAGGUCAUGGCUUCAGAGUCACCUCAGCUAGAGAUGUCACCGCCGCAACCAGACCCCCGCGAUCAGUCCAUCGGUGCGUCCGAUUCCAACAAGAGAAGGCGGAACAAGGCAACGGAACACAGGCGCGCACAAAGCGGAAUCGCUACAUCUCCAUUGCAUGUAAUGAAUGCAAGCGGCGUAAGAUCAAGUGCAAUGGCCAGAUGCCUUGUCAACGGUGUGGUCACCUGAAUUUGGAAUGUCGCUAUGCGCCUAAUUGUUGUAAUAACAACUUCAAGGAUUCGGAUGAGUUCCGGUCGAUGACAGAUCAGAUCACCACUUUACAAGAGCAAGUCAAUAGCUUGUUCACCAAUCUCAAUGACCUUCGUACUCAAAGACCAGCCUUUGAGUCACCAGGGUUUGAGCAUCCCUCUCGCGAUGGGUCUCAAUCGGUCUACACUCCAAUGCAAGCCGGCCUAGCAAAGCCGCGAGCCCGGCAUCCACGCUUCCAUGGUCCAACAAGCUCAGCCUUCAAUUUUGACGUGGCCAAAUCCAGCUUACAGAAUAUGGGUAUUACCCCAGCGGAAGAUGGAAUCCCAGACGACUUGACCACCGCACAUGUUUCUCCGACUGGCUCCCCGGCUCCCCAUCUGGGACAGCUUCUUCCAAUCACGCACCCUACCAAGGAUCCAAUAUGGACGAUUCCGCGUGAAGAGGCAAUACGUCUUUGUAAGGUUUACGAGGAAGAGAUUGGGAUCAUGUAUCCUGUGGUGGAUAUCGCCAAGGUUACCACCCAGGCUAAUCUGCUCUACACAUUCAUAGAGGCUGCUACCAGGACAGGCUUUGCGCAACGGGGCUUUCCAGGUUGUGAUGGUCUUCACGAUGAAAGCUCGAUUAUUCUUAAAUUGAUUCUCGCAACCACGCUGGUCGUGGAAGGGGGCGGUCAAAGUGAACUUGGGCAGCGGCUCUACUUGGAUGUUAAGCCAUUUAUAGAAUCAAAGUUAUGGGAGUCUCAUACCAUCAAAACUAUCCAGCUCUUUGCUAUUGUGGCCACAUACCAUUACCAUACAGAUGAUGACGCCAUGGCUUAUCGGCUUAUUGGAUUGGCGGCAAGAAUGUGCUUAGAGAUGGGAUUGCACCGCCGGGAUGCUUUGGUGAAAUCGUUCCCAGAUGAGGUGCAGUGGGACGAGAUCAUUCGACUAUUCUGCUCCAAGAUCUGGUACUCUGGUUUGGGCUCCGAAGGCACCACUGACAUCCGUCGUGAUGAAAUCGGCUAUCUGGAUUACCAAAUCCUACAGUGCGAAAACGUAAGCAGAGGCAUGAGGCGGCUCAGGGUCCUCUUGUACCUGCGGAUGAACCAGCUACGCAUCCUGAUAUAUCGCCCUGUGCUCCACUCUCCUGCCAGCAUUGCCGAAGAUCGAGGCCACGCCCAGACUGUUGUGGAAAUAGCCAAAGACACAGUCCGUGUCCUAACUCGGCUAAACCAGAUGUCCGAUAUUUACCGGACACAGCAAAUAACGUUCAACUACUUCCUAGUUGCUGCGUUGGCGGUGCUGUUCUUAGCAGUCUCCCAUGCUCCGGUCGACUUCAACCGACAAGUCCGCGAUGAAUUUUACAUGGCGCUCGACUUGGUCAACGGGUUCAGUACCAAGUCCUACGUCUCCAAGCGGUUAUGGAAGACAAUCAAGGGCCUACGAAAAAUAGGCGAGAAACUUGGCGUUCUCGCCCGUCCUUUUGGGCCAGACUCAAGUGAUCCUCAUUCAAGUGCUGCGGUGGCCAUGGCCGGGCUCGCCGGACAUCCAAUCCAGGAUCUGUCUAUGUAUGGACCCAUGAAUGGUGGGAACGAACUCGGAAAUAGUCCUCUCAAUGGACUCCAGAUGAGCCAAGAGUUAACAAACCUGUUUGAGGCUGUUGGCGCUUUUGGUAAUUUCAUGCCUAACACUUCGAGUGAUGGUAUUAGUGGCUUCGUGGGGCCGGAUGGGGAAAUUCAGAACACCGGCGAAGGCUUAUCGGGGGUUUUGGGUGAUGAGGGAGAGUUUGCUCGAGUCAUUCGGGACUUGUUUUGA